ACCGUCGCCGUCGAUCAUUGUUCAGAUCGGUCGCCGUCGAUCAUUGUUCAGUUCGAGACGGCCAUCCGGUUCGAUCCUCAACAUUCUUCAAACCUGAAGUAAUUUCCCGCAUCCUGAAUUGUGGCAUUAGCAUCUCUUUACUAGUCUGGUCAAGACUCAUGAGGAAGAAGAAAAAGAAGGCUUCAUGGAGAUUGAUAAAUUUGGAAGGUUGUCCAGACCGACUUGGACAUGCACGUGAAGAAGCUAACACAACAACUCACCGCAUUGAAACCCCCAAAAGGAAAAUUAUGAAAAAGAAAUACACACACGUUGGGGCCUUUGAACGAGAAUCAAAUAUGAUACUUCUGUAUGAUUCUGAUCGCUCCUCAGUUGAAAGGACUGAAGCACUUCUUGCAUCCUGCCAAUACAAAGUUAUAGUUGCUGAACGAGCCUCAGAAGCUUUGUCGAUGGUAGGUGAAAGCAGACGUGGGAUUGAUAUCGUGCUGACUGAAUUUGACCUCCCCGACAUGGACGGACUCAUGUUCAUUGAGAAAGUUCUUGAAAUAAAGAAGCUACCAGUUUUCGUUUUAUCAGCAUUUGAAAACCUUGAGGUGCAAAUGUAUUGCCUGUUAAAUGGUGCUGAGUUCUGUUAUGACAAACCCCUAAAUAAGGUCAAUGCACAGGCUCUUUGUGAAUUCAUUGUACCUAGAAGUGGUUCAUCCGCCACUUCUGAAAUUUCUUAUAACAUUUUGGAUUCACCCGUGUCUAUAAAUGCUGAUAUGCAUAUAGUAGACGAUUUGAUUCUGGAGAAUCAUGAAGAAGUUGUCGCAGAUAACUUCCUUAUGAUCUCUAAUAUGUUGGACUCCCGUUGGAUCAGUCCUCGCCAUAGGCUUCUUUGGUAUACAUAUACAACCUUCAUUAUUAUUGAUUUGUUUCGAAUGGCUUUGAGGUUCAAAGUGCAGGAGCAGAUCAAUUACCCUGGACUGAAUUUGAAUUUGGAUCAGAAUGUUGUUGGAACUUCUAGGGACGAAAAUGUAAACAAAAACCAUACUUAG